UUGGGUUUGGUGUUAUUAAUGCUGAAAAUACUUUAGGCAAUGAAGGAUUUAUGAAUACAAUUAUGGUUAAACAUGGUAGAAAAGCUUGUGAAGGAUAUGACAGACACAUGGGAACAAUAUUUAUGUGUGGUACCAAACAAGCGAAAAACAUAUGAAGGAGACAGUGGUGGUCCAAUGAUUUGCAAUGGCUGGCAGUAUGGAGUAUGCAGUUUUUCACUAAAUCUCAAAGGUGAAGACAUGCAGACUAUUCACAUUUUCAUACACUAUUAUAGAAACUGGGUGAAUGAUAUUAUAGAAACGGCACAGAGCACAUCAAUAACAAAACAAAAAAGAAUGAAAAAGUAUAAAACAAGCCAAAAAAGUGCUGCGAAAUUGAUUAUACCACACCAUAAUAUAUUGUUGUUCAUGAUUUUAGGAAUAUUAUGCUGUAAUGGAUGGGCGGAUGGUCAAUGGAUUAAAGGUGGUGAUCUAGUCUCAUCUCGUGUUGGCAAGCAAACUUUUGGAUUUGGUUUGCUAUUGUAG